AUGGCGGAGAGACAUUUCGUGGCGGAGUUGAAAGCGUUGAUUCGAGAGGCGUUCGUGUUGAACAAGAAGGAGAUAGCGAAGGACGAAAAGGAACGAACGGGGGUGACGAAAUAUUCAAUGUCGGAAACGUUCGACAGUUCCUCGGACUUUGGGGAGGAAUUCGAGGAUCAGAGUUUAGAGGAGGAAAUCGAGCGACAAGGCGAAUUGCUUUUGGAAUAUUUAGAGCGCAUGAAGUUAUCGAACGCGAAAAUCUGGGAGCGAGAGAAACGGUUGCCGAAAGUGGAAAGUCCGUGGAUUAUCGAAGGGCCGUAUUAUCUCUUGUGCAAGGUUUUAGACCUGUGGUUUCCGGAGAAUAAACCGGUGCAGAGGUUUUGGUUUUUAGAGACGGUGGCGAGGAUGCCUUACUUUUCGUACACGACCAUGUUGACGCUGUACGAACUCUUAGGGUGGUGGCGACGAAGCAGCGAGUUGAGGAAAGUUCACUUCGCGGAGGAGUGGAACGAGUACCAUCACUUGUUAAUCAUGGAAAGUUUGGGAGGCGACAGGCGUUGGAGUGACCGCUUUCUCGCGCAACACGCGGCGCUGGUGUACUAUUUUGGGUUAGUCGUCGUUUGGCUGCUCUCGCCCAAGCUCGCGUAUAAUUUUAGCGAGAAGAUUGAAACGCACGCGGUGGCGACGUACGCGCAGUUCACGGAGGAGAACAAGGAAUUGUUAGAAUCGUUGCCGGCGCCAGAGGUGGCGAAGAAAUAUUACGAGGCGGAAGAUUUGUACUUGUUCGAUGAGUUUCAAACGACGACGAUGUUAAACACCGGCGAAAUCGUUUCCUUAAAAUUGAACAGUCGCAGCAGCGACGAAGGGGACCCAUUGGACCCGUUAUCCGUGCGUCGUCCAAAGAUUGAAACCUUAUACGACGUCUUUUCAAACAUUUGCGAAGACGAAAAAGAACACGUCGGGACCAUGAACGCUUGCCAAAUCGAGGGUGUUACGUUAGGGACCGCGAACACUAUCAACGCGUUGACUGCGUUAGCAAUCGGCGGCACCGUGGCGUCCAAGUUUGCCUCUCGAUUCGCGGAAGAAUCCGCCAUUACCGACGGAUUGGACGAUAUCAUCGGCAGCGGGAAGUUUAUGGAUUUAUUCACCGCCUUGACGGAUUUCUUUUCCGUAUUCCACUUGCCGUUCUUUUAG